AUGGCUGGUGUGGCUGUUCUGCUCCAGUCCCUUGAGCACCAGGCAGAGGCUCUCCGCACACUCCAGGCAGUGUGGGGAGGCAGGGAAGAUGAUGCAGCCCCUCACCCACCCUGCAGCCCCUCACAGCCUUUCCAGGCCCAAAGUGAUGGCACUGGCCAGCAUGGCUCAGCCUGGCUCAGCCCAGGAAGGAAAACUGAGGUGGCUAGGCUUGGCUGGGCACGGGAGCUGGAGAAGGAGAGAAAAGCCCCAGGGAGAAGUCUAGAGGAAGAAGAGGAGAGUGGAGACCCAACUCCCCUCAGCCUAGGGGAGCCCAGGCCACAGCAGCGGUUGCAACUCAGGUUGGAGAGGCCUGAGACACUACGAGAGAAGGCUCUGUGCAGCAAGCUGUCCCGAGUAGUGGAUGCAACCACCCGGCUUGUAACAGUAGAGCAGACCUUCCUGCUCCCUCUUGUACAGCAGCAUUCUUUUCCUCUCCACCCAAAAGAUAGCAUUGAGUUUAGAAACAUCUGUAGUCACAUGGCUUUACAAAGAGAGGGACAGCAAUUUGAGAAAGACUUGCAUGAAGCACACCAGUGUCUGAAGAUGAUCAUCGAGAAGCACAUUUGUUCGCUGGCAGUUUUCCCCUCAGAAUCCCAUAUCCCAGCCCGAUCUGCUCUGAGACAAAUCCUGCAAAAUCUCCUGGCAGUGUGAAACAGCAGAUUGGCCAAGGAACUUGUAUUGCACAUGAGCUGUAACAGUCCUGUAACAAUCACAGAUAACUUGAAAGGUGAAUCCUGGAGAUGUUUACUGUAGCGAGAGUUCCCGCUGACUUUACACUA